AUGCCAGCAUCCAUCGAGGACCUUCCGACUGAAUUGCUGUUCAAGAUCACAGUCAACGUAGACAAACGCCGUGACCUGGCAGCGUUGGCAGCAACCUGCCGAGCAUGCUACGCCUUCUGUUCUGCGCCCGAGGUUCAAUACCGAAGCAUAUAUGCGCGGUCUGUGGAUGUCACACUUUUGUGGCGCUUCCUUGCGGCGAACCCGUCCCGUGCGAGCGAGGUACGCCUGCUCUCAAUCGGCGCUCGGACUCCCAAGGAUCACAUCCCGCGAGGUUUCCGGGAAGAGAAGCGUGGUCACCUGGAGGAGGCGGAAUUCGCGCUGUGUGAUGCGCUCAAGAUGAUGAAAAACCUCACGUCAUUUACCUGGGAGAGCGGAUGGAAACGCCAGGGGCGUUCGCCCUGCACAGGCAAUCGUAUCUGGGAUACCCUCCGCAUGUCAUGCCCGACCUUGCACACGCUCAUUGUGGAGGAUCAACCGGCGCCAGGGAUUUCGUCUAUGUUUACCAGCAGUUUAUUCCUUCUCUCGCAUCUCCGAUAUUGCAGUAUCACCAUCGCCUCGCCCUUUCCGUCCCGCUACCUCGUCAAAGAACGCCUCCGCAUGCUCCUCGAACGUUGCACGGAUCUCUGCGUCCUGCGGAUCACGCACGUUGUGCCCAGCAUCGUGCCCUUAUCGGAGAUCGCCAUCGAUCUGUGUGCCCCGCACCUGCACACCCUCGCCGUCAUCCACCAGCCCCCAGGUGCACCUUCAACACUAUGCGAUCAUUUGGAAUUUAUCGGCAGCGGUUAUCGACGUCCUAUUCCCCUGGACGUACCCACGUGGCAGCGCGGAAGGAGCAAUCGCUUGCCUCGCCCUCAAGCUUCCGCAAUGGAUUGCCCAUUUCCGAGCUUGCGGACCCUCAUCAUCAACUCCGGAUCGUUCUCCGCCCUCCCUGAGGUCGUGCAAAUGAGAGCACCUCUUCCAGAAAUUCGCGGCCUGCCCGUCCACCUUGUGGGUCGCUUCGCGCACGUGAAGAUUGAGAUUGAGGCCUUGAGACCUACGCUACGCAAGAUUGUGUUUGGAGACGUGCCUUCCAGCGAAUCGGCGCAAACGGAGGCGAAGGUUUACGAGGGCUGGAUCAAGAAGACUCUCCCGAACGUGGAACUUUCACAUUCGAAACAGGGCUAA